AUGUCUCGCUUCUUAGACAGCGUUUGCACCAUCAUCAGCACCUUUCACCAACAUGCCAAGGAAGACGGAGACUACUCCAGCCUCAGCCGACAGAGGAUGAAACAGUUCAUCCAGAGGGAGUUUGCAGAUGCCAUGGCUAAGCCGCGUGACCCUCAGACGAUUGACAAGAUUCUGCAGUUCCUGGAGUGGGAUGGUGAUGGGGAAAUAGAUUUUAAUGAGUUCCUGAUUUUGGUGUUCAGAGUGGCUAAAUCCUGCUACUGGUACCUGCCGAAGGGACCGUGCCUUCUGCAAAGAACAGAGCUGAGAAGCAGUGAGAAGUCACUCCAAGAGCCUGAAAUGAAGAACAGAGGAAGAGUAACAGAGGGAGACUCUCAAACUUGUGAGAGUAAUCAUCAUCCGCCCUGUGAACCUGAGGUGCAACGAGAAACAGGGGUCAAUGAGCUUGAAACACCGGAGGAAGCGGGAAGUCAUCACCAGCAACGUAACACACGAAGCAGAAAUGAUGCAAAACAACGCAGUGAGCCAGAGGAGCCAAUCCCUUGGGCAUAUGAAGAAAGAAGCCAAGAGCCAUGCAACCAAUGGAAGAGCCAGAGAAGACGUCAGGCCCCGGAGCAAGGCAGAGGAGAAGAUGUACGAGCCUGCGAGGGGGGCAGCUUGCAAGAAGACGAGCCUGGAAUGCAGGCAGCUGAGAGGCAAAAUCAAGAGAGGCCUCAGCCAGAACAACUGGCAGACGUGAGGAGUCGCAGCCAGACCUGUGAACCUCAACCACUGCCAAACCGGUGGAGUAGCCGUCAGCCGCAGGAGCCAGCACUACGAGCAAAUGAUCAGAAAAACCAGCGGCCACAAGAAGCAGAUAGAGGAAGUCACAACCAGCCACGUAAACAUGAAUUACUCAGAGGAGAGAAAAACCGCUACCACGUACGUGAGCUGGAACAAAAAGAAGUGGAACGCAGAAGCCACCAGCAAAAUGAGUCUGAAUGCCUGGAUUCAACACACCCAUAUCAGUCAUAUAUAGAACCGCUAGAGCUCGAGCUUAGGAACGAUGACACAUGCGAGACAGAAAGAAAAACCUUUGAUCAAGUGAAAAAAAAAGAUCAGAAGAUUACAUCUCAAGAAAGUGAGAGAGACAUUGAUUGGGAUGAGAAACGGGAUGAACAAAACGUCUCAGAGCGGGAGAGGUGGAUCGAUCGCCAACGGGAUUGGGAGGUGGAGGUCUACGAGCGCCGCAGCCGCCAGACACGCGAAAGGGAAGAGCGAGGUGCCACAACGGACCCGAGAGAGACCUAUGAGAGACGUGAAUGUCAGAGACGUGAUGCCAAGGACAAUGGAAGGAGACAACGCGAGUCUGUGAGGUACGAGAGGACCCGGGACAUGGAAGUAGCGGCAGCAGAAGCAGAUGUCAGGAUCCGCCGGGUCACCCGGGAACAGGAACCCCGUGACGACGUGGAAAGGAGAGAGUGUGCCCGUGAUUGUUCGGAUCGGGAGGAGGAGAGGAGGGUCUGCCGGGAAGGAGAGAGGGAAGAGCCUGUGUGGGAGAGGAGGAUCGAUCGCCAGCGGGAUCUGGAGGUGGAGGUUUACGAGCGUCACAGCCGCCAGACACGUGAAAGAGAGGAACGAGGUGCCAAAAGUGACCAGAGAGAGACCUGCGAGAGGCGUGAGUGUCAGAGACGCGACGCCGAGGACGAUGGAAGGGGAGAACGCGAGUCCGUGAGGUACGAGAGGACCCAGGAGAUGGAAAUAGCAGCAGCAGAAGCAGAUGUCAGGAUCUGCCAGGUCACCCGGGAACGGGAGCCACAUGAUGAUGUGGAAAGGAGAGAGUGUGCCCGUGAUUGUGCAGAACCACAGGAGAGGAGGGUCUGCUGGGAAGGAGAAAGGGAAGAGCCUGUGAGAGAGAGGAGGAUCGAUCACCAACGGGAGCUGGAUGUGGAAGUCUACGAGCGCCGCAACCGCCAGACACAGGAAAGGGAAGAGCGAGGUGCCACGACGGACAUGAGAGAUACCUGCGAGAGGCGUGAGUGUCAGAGACACGACCCCGAGGACGAUGGAAGGAGACAACGCGAGUCCAUGAGGUACGAGAGGACCCGUGACAAGGAAGUAGUAGCAGCAGAAGCAGAUGUCAGGAUCCACCGUGUCACCCGGGAACAGGAACCCCGUGACAACGUGGAAAGGAGAGAGUGUGCCCGUGAUUGUGCAGAACCACAGGAGGAGAGGAGGGUCUGCCGGGAAGGAGAGAGGGAAGAGUCUCUGAGAGAGAGGAGGAUCGAUCGCCAAUGGGAUCGGGAGGUGGAGGUUUACGAGCGUCACAGCCGCCAGACACGUGAAAGAGAGGAACGAUCUGACAAAAGGGACCAGAGACAGACCUGUGAGAGGCGUGAGUGUCGGAGACGUGACCCUGAGGACGAUGGAAGGAGACAACGCGAGUCGGUGAGGUACGAGAGGACGCGGGAGUCUGCAGUAGCAGCAGCAGAAGCAGAUGUCAGGAUCCGCCGGGUCACCCGGGAACGGGAGCCACGUGACGACCUGGAAAGGAGAGAGUGUGCCCGUGAUUGUGCAGAACAACAGGAGGAGAGGAGGGUCUGCCGGGAAGGAGAGAGGGAAGAGCCUCUGAGAGAGAGGAGGAUCAAUCACCAACGGGAGCUGGAUUUGGAGGUCUACGAGUGCCGCAGCCGCCAGACACAGGAAAGGGAAGAGCGAGGUGCCACAACGGACACAAGAGAGACUUGUGAUAGGCGUGAGUGUCAGAGACGUGACCUUGAGGACGAUGGAAGGAGACAACGCGAGUCCGUGAGGUACGAGAGGACCCGGGACAUGGAAGUUGCGGCAGCAGAAGCAGAUGUCAGGAUCCGCCGGGUCACCCGGGAACGGGAGCCACGUGAUGACGUGGAAAGGAGAGAGUGUGCCCGUGAUUGUGCAGAACCACAAGAGGAGAGGAGGGUCUGCCAGGAAGGAGAAAGGGAAGAGCCCGUGAGAGAGCGGAGGAUCGAUCGACAACGGGAGCUGGAUGUGGAGGUCUACGAGCGCCGCAGCCACCAGACACGGGAAAGGGAAGAGCGAGGUGCCACGACGGACACGAGAGAGACUUGUGAUAGGCGUGAGUGUCAGAGACGUGACCCUGAGGACGAUGGAAGGAGACAACGCGAGUCCGUGAGGUACGAGAGGACCCGGGACAUGGAAGUAGCGGCAGCAGAAGCAGAUGUCAGGAUCCGCCGUGUCACCCGGGAACGGGAACCCCGUGAAGACGUGGAAAGGAGAGAGAGUGCCCGUAAUUGUGUGGAUCGGGAGGAGGAGAGGAGGGUCUGCCGGGAAGGAGAGAGGGAAGAGCCUGUGCGGGAGAGGAGGAUCGAUCGCCAACGGGAUCGAGAGGUGGAGGUCUAUGAGCGCCACAGCCGCCUGACACGUGAAAGGGAAGAGCGAGGUGCCACGACGGACACGAGAGAGACCUGCAAGAGGCGUGAGUGUCAGAGACAUGACCCUGAGGACGAUGGAAGGGGAGAACGCGAGUCCGUGAGGUACGAGAGGACCCGGGAAAUGGAAGUAGCAGCAGCAGAAGCAGAUGUCAGGAUCCGCCGUGUCACCCGGGAACGGGAACCCCGUGACGACCUGGAAAGGAGAGAGAGUGCCCGUAAUUGUGUGGAUCGGGAGGAGGAGAGGAGGGUCUGCCGGGAAGGAGAGAGGGAAGAGCCUGUGCGGGAGAGGAGGAUCGAUCGCCAACGGGAUCGAGAGGUGGAGGUCUAUGAGCGCCACAGCCGCCUGACACGUGAAAGGGAAGAGCGAGGUGCCACGACGGACACGAGAGAGACCUGCAAGAGGCGUGAGUGUCAGAGACAUGACCCUGAGGACGAUGGAAGGGGAGAACGCGAGUCCGAGAAGUACGAGAGGACCCGGGAAAUGGAAGUAGCAGCAGCAGAAGCAGAUGUCAGGAUCCGCCGGGUCACCCGGGAAUGGGAGCCACGUGACGACCUGGAAAGGAGAGAGUGUGCCCGUGAUUGUGUGGAUCGGGAGGAGGAGAGGAGGGUCUGCCGGGAAGGAGAGAGGGAAGAGCCUGUUCGGGAGAGGAGGAUCGAUCACCAACGGGAGCUGGAUGUGGAGGUCUACGAGCGCCGCAGCCGCCAGACACGUGAGAGAGAGGAACGAUCUGACAAAAGGGACCAGAGACAGACAUGCGAGAGGCAUGAGUGUCGGAGACCUGACCCCGAGGAUGAUGGAAGGAGACAACGCGAGUCGGUGAGGUACGAGAGGACGCGGGAGUCUGCAGUAGCAGCAGCAGAAGCAGAUGUCAGGAUCUCCCGUGUCACCCGGGAACGGGAGCCACGUGACGACGUGGAAAGGAGAGAGGGUGCCCGUGAUUGUGCAGAACCACAGGAGGAGAGGAGGGUCUUCCGGGAAGGAGAGAGGGAAGAGCCUGUGAGAGAGAGGAGGAUCGAUCGCCAGCGGGAUCGGGAGGUGGAGGUUUACGAGCGUCACAGCCGCCAGACACGUGAAAGAGAGGAACGAGGUGCCGAAAGUGACCAGAGAGAGACCUGCGAGAGGCGUGAGUGUCAGAGACGUGACCCUGAGGACGAUGGAAGGAGACAACGCGAGUCCGUGAGGUACGAGAGGACCCGGGACAUGGAAGUAGCAGCAGCAGAAGCAGAUGUCAGGAUCCACCGGGUCACCCGGGAACGGGAGCCACAUGAUGACGUGGAAAGGAGAGACUGUGCCCGUGAUUGUGCAGAACCACAGGAGGAGAGGAGGAUUUGCCAGGAAGGAGAAAGGGAAGAGCCCGUGAGAGAGCGGAGGACCGAUCGACAACGGGAGCUGGAUGUGGAGGUCUACGAGCGCCGCAGCCGCCAGACACGCGAAAGGGAAGAGCGAGGUGCCACGACGGACACGAGAGAGACUUGUGAUAGGCGUGAGUGUCAGAGACGUGACCUUGAGGACGAUGGAAGGAGACAACGUGAGUCCGUGAGGUACGAGAGGACCCGGGAAAUGGAAGUAGCAGCAGCAGAAGCAGAUGUCAGGAUCCGCCGGGUCACCCAGGAACGGGAGACACGUGACGACCUGGAAAGGAGAGAGUGUGCCCGUGAUUGUGCAGAACCACAGGAGGAGAGGAGGGUCUGCCAGGAAGGAGAGAGGGAAGAGCCUCUGAGAGAGAGGAGGAUCGAUCGCCAACAGGAGCUGGAUGUGGAGGUCUAUGAGCGCCGCAGCCGCCAGACACAGGAAAGGGAAGAGCGAGGUGCCACGACGGACACGGGAGAAAACUGCGAGAGGCGUGAGUGUCAGGGACGUAACCCUGAGAACGAUGGAAGGAGACAACGCGAGUCUGUGAGGUACGAGAGGACGCGGGAGGCUGCAGUAGCAGCAGCAGAAGCAGAUGUCAGGAUCCGCCGGGUCACCCGGGAACGGGAGCCACGUGAUGACGUGGAAAGGAGAGAGUGUGCCCGUGAUUGUGCAGAACCACAAGAGGAGAGGAGGGUCUGCCAGGAAGGAGAAAGGGAAGAGCCCGUGAGAGAGCGGAGGAUCGAUCGACAACGGGAGCUGGAUGUGGAGGUCUACGAGCGCCGCAGCCGCCAGACACGCGAAAGGGAAGAGCGAGGUGCCACGACGGACACGAGAGAGACUUGUGAUAGGCGUGAGUGUCAGAGACGUGACCCCGAGGACGAUGGAAGGAGACAACGCGAGUCCGUGUGGUACGAGAGGAUCCGGGACAUGGAAGUAGCGGCAGCAGAAGCAGAUGUCAGGAUCCGCCGGGUCACCCGGGAACGGGAACCCCGUGACAACGUGGAAAGGAGAGAGAGUGCCCGUAAUUGUGUGGAUCGGGACGAGGAGAGGAGAGUUGGCCAGGAAGGAGAGAAUGAAGAGCCUGUGUGGGAGAGGAGGAUCGAUCGCCAACGGGAUCGGGAGGUGGAGGUCUAUGAGCGCCGCAGCCGCCAGACACGUGAAAGGCAAGAGCGAGGUGCCACGACGGACACGAGAGAGACCUGCGAGAGGCGUGAGUGUCAGAGACGUGACCCUGAGGACGAUAGAAGGGGAGAACGCGAGUCCAUGAGGUACGAGAGGACCCGGGAAAUGGAAGUAGCAGCAGCAGAAGCAGAUGUCAGGAUCCGCCGGGUCACCCGGGAACAGGAGCCACGUGACGACCUGGAAAGUAGAGAGUGUGCCCGUGAUUGUGUGGAUCGGGAGGAGGAGAGGAGGGUCUGCCGGGAAGGAGAGAGGGAAGAGCCUGUGCGGGAGAGGAGGAUCGAUCACCAGCGGGAGCUGGAUUUCAAGGUCUACGAGCGCCGCAGCUGCCAGACACAUGGAAGGGAAGAGCAAGGUGCCACUGCGGACACGAGAGAGACCUACGAGAGACGUGAGUGUCAGAGACGUGACCUUGAGGACGAUGGAAGGAGACAACGUGAGUCCAUGAGGUACGAGAGGACCCGGGAAAUGGAAGUAGCAGCAGCAGAAGCAGAUGUCAGGAUCCGCCGGGUCACCCGGGAACAGGAGCCACGUGACGACCUGGAAAGUAGAGAGCGUGCCCGUGAUUGUGUGGAUCGGGAGGAGGAGAGGAGGGUCUGCCGGGUAGGAGAGAGGGAAGAGCCUGUGCGGGAGAGGAGGAUCGAUCGCCAACGGGAGCUGGAUGUGGAAGUCUAUGAGCGCCGCAGCCGCCAGACACGUGAAAGGGAAGAGCGAGGUGCCACAAAGGACCCGAAAGACACAUGUAAUAGGCGUGAAUGUCAGAGACGUGACCCUGAGGACGAUGGAAGGAGACAACGCGAGUCCGUGAGGUACGAGAGGACCCGGGAAAUGGAAGUAGCGGCAGCAGAAGCAGAUGUCAGGAUCCGCCGUGUCACCCGGGAACGGGAACCCCGUGACGACGUGGAAAGGAGAGAGUGUGCCCGUGAUUGUGCAGAACCACAGGAGGAGAGGAGGGUCUGCCGGGAAGGAGAGAGGGAAGAGCCUCUGAGAGAGAGGAGGAUCGAUCGCCAGCGGGAUCGGGAGGUGGAGGUUUACGAGCGUCACAGCCGCCAGACACGUGAAAGAGAGGAACGACCUGCCAAAAACGACCAGAGAGAGACCUGCGAGAGGCGUGAGUGUCAGAGACGCGACCCUGAGGAUGAUGGAAGGAGACAACGUGAGUCGGUGAGGUAUGAGAGGACCCGGGAGGCUGCAGUAGCAGCAGCAGAAGCAGAUGUCAGGAUCCGCCGGGUCACCCGGGAACGGGAGCCACGUGAUGAUCUGAAAAGGAAAGAGUGUGCCCGUGAUUGUGCAGAACCAGAGGAGGAGAGGAGGGUCUGCUGGGAAGGAGAGAGGAAAGAGCACAUGCGGGAAAGGAUGACUGAUCGCCAACGGGUCUAUGAGCGCCGCAGCCUCCACGCACAAGACAGGGGUGAACAAGUUGCCAUGAGAUCCCUCAGAAAGUCCCGUGACAGAAACGUUCUCCAGAUAGUUGAAGAAGAACAAGAGAUGGAUUUUCUGCACCACCCUCAGGGAAAUGAAUUACAGAGUGACCUGUGUAAGAGCACGCCCUGUGCAUCCUCAGAAGACCAAGAAUCGGGGAACCACAGGCUUUUACAUGAGGAAAAUACCUGUGAGCCAAACAGCUGCCGGAGACCUGAAGAUGAAGGACAAAGGCUUGAGAGGGGUCUCUACCGAACGGUGGAGGUGGAUAACCGAGACCUCUGCCCCCAAGGUGAACAAGCGUCUGUCACCGAUGUGAGGGUCCAUUAUAUCCCCACCGAGCCCGAUGUUCCACUGGAGGUGCAGGUGGUUCCUCAGCCCUGCGAGCCUCAGACCAUCGCGUACUUGAUCCAUGUGAUCCAGAACCCAAACGAUCCUGAAGCCACCACCUACAAGAUCAUCUGCCAACAGCCACACAACCUGGGGCAGCCCGUCUAUGUGAAGAAGUGCUCUGUGUCACCCCAGCCACUGGCAGAUCCGUGUGACAAGAGCAACUCCCCAGAGCCACGAUGCCAAAGGGACGAGCGAGAAACAGGGGAGCCUGAACUGCCACGGCAAGGGGCCACACCUGGGGUGAAGGAUGGGGGUCACCAGGCUUCUGCCUCCGAGCAGGAUGGUGUUAAGGGUGACGCUUGCCGGGCAAAGCUGAAGGAGGACAGGAGGGACAACCAGGACCCCGAGAUGUCCAACACAGAAGAGAAGAAGCAUCAGCCCCUGGGAGAUGGAGCAAAAGCUGCCAGGGAGCAGGUCGUGAGGGAGCCCGACUCCAGCUGCCAGGUGAGGUACCGUGAGGACAGGGAGGCCAAGAGCUGCCCGCCUCUGCCCCAGGCUCCAGAGCCACGGGCAGAACCAACCCGGAGAGAUGAAGCCAGAUUCUGCCGUGAGGAUGCAGAGCUUGCUCCGCCGGAGAAAAGCCACCAGCCACCUAGCAGGAGGAGUCCCCGGCCAGUGAGCGAUGCCCAGCUUCAGCGGGAGGAGGAAGCACGGCUUUGCACCACUAAGCAGACCUAG